GACCUAAAAAUCCUGACAAGUGAAACUUAAAGGUGUUUACCUUGUCAUCAGCAUGUAAGCUAAUUAUCUCGGGCAAGAUGUAGGCUUCUAUUGUCUUGUUGCUUUAGCGCUUACGCCCCGCCUCUGGUGGCUGCCUAAAACCUGGCGCCGGGCUAAAACAAACGCGAGGCAGCCCCCGAGCCUCUACUCAAGCCAAUUAAGGCGGACUCGGUCCACUCGGUUACGUGUACAUCCAACAAGAUCGGCGUUAAGCCGCCGCCGAAUCAUGUCGAUGAGUCCAAAGCACACGACUCCGUUCUCAGUGUCUGACAUCUUGAGUCCCCUGGAGGAAAGCUACAAGAAAGUGGGCAUGGAGGGCGGCGGCCUCGGGGCUCCGCUGGCGGCUUACAGGCAGGGCCAGGCGGCUCCGCCGGCCGCAGCCAUGCAGCAGCACGCCGUGGGGCACCACGGCGCCGUCACCGCCGCCUACCACAUGACGGCGGCAGGGGUGCCCCAGCUCUCGCACUCCGCCGUGGGGGGCUACUGCAACGGCAACCUGGGCAACAUGAGUGAGCUGCCGCCGUACCAGGACACCAUGCGGAACAGCGCCUCGGGCCCCGGAUGGUACGGCGCCAACCCAGACCCGCGCUUCCCCGCCAUCUCCCGCUUCAUGAGCCCGGCGAGCGGCAUGAACAUGAGCGGCAUGGGCGGCCUGGGCUCGCUGGGGGACGUGAGCAAGAACAUGGCCCCGCUGCCAAGCGCACCACGCCGGAAGCGCCGGGUGCUCUUCUCCCAGGCUCAGGUGUACGAGCUGGAGCGACGCUUCAAGCAACAGAAGUAUCUGUCGGCGCCCGAGCGAGAGCACCUGGCGAGCAUGAUCCACCUGACACCCACGCAGGUCAAGAUCUGGUUCCAGAACCACCGCUACAAGAUGAAGCGCCAAGCCAAGGACAAGGCGGCGCAGCAGCAACUGCAGCAGGACAGCGGCGGCGGCGGCGGGGGCGCCGGGUGCCCACAGCAGCAGCAAGCGCAGCAGCAGUCGCCGCGCCGCGUGGCAGUGCCGGUCCUGGUGAAAGACGGCAAGCCCUGCCAGGCAGGCGCCCCCGCGCCUGGCGCCGGCAGCCUUCAAGGCCACGCGCAACAGCAGGCGCAGCAGCAGGCUCAGGCUGCUCAAGCGGCAGCGGCGGCUAUCUCAGUGGGCAGCGGUGGCCCUGGUCUAGGUGCACACCCGGGCCACCAGCCGGGCAGCGCCGGCCAGUCUCCGGACCUGGCGCACCACGCCGCCAGCCCCGCGGCGCUUCAGGGCCAGGUCUCCAGCCUGUCCCACCUGAACUCCUCGGGCUCGGACUAUGGCACCAUGUCUUGCUCCACCUUGCUAUAUGGUCGGACCUGGUGAGAGGACACAGGGCCAGGCCGGGCCCAGCGCGCUGCCUCAUCGCUUCCCCUCCUGCCGGCCACACAUCACCAACUGCCGGCCACACAUCACCAACUACCCACCGCUCCCUGCGCUUCGACUUUUCUUAAGAAUCUGCCCCGUUUAGACCGAGGGAAAAAAACACAAAAGCCAAACUGCUGGAUGCCUUUUUUUUUCUUUCUAAAAUUUGUGGGAUUAAAAAGGAAAAGAUAAGAAAAGAAAAACAUCCAAGUGAAUCCAAUUCUUUAAGAAGUCUUUAAAAAGAGAAGGACAUAACAAGAACAGCUUUGGGGGUGUCUUUUAGGUGACUGAAAUGGUUUCACUUGCUCAGGCAGGGUGCACUUUGGAGAGGGCUCUACAAUGACAUGGCUCUGGACUCUGAAGAUCGCAAACUUCACUCUGGGUACGCUAUACCAGCAAGGCAGACUCACUAGUAAAUACCCGGAUUUCUUAUGAAGGGGAGAUGGGGGCUGGGGAGAGGAAAGACUCUUCCACAGGACCCACUUGUCACUGACACAAAGGAAAUGCCCCCUCCCAGCGCCCUCUGGCCGCCCAGACUCAGCCCCGGGGAAAAGCCCUGGCUAAAAUUGUUUAAUGUUUGAUGUGAACUUGUAGCUGUAAAACGCUGUCAAAAGUUGGACUACACACCUAGUUUUUAGUAAUCUGUACAUUUUGUUGUAAAAAACAAAAACAAAACCAAUCCCCAGCCCCAGCCCAUCAUAUUUUUUAUGGGCAUUGACAAAUCUGUGUAUAUUAUUUGGCAGUUUGGUAUUUGCAGCGUCAGUCUUUUUCUGUUGUAACUUAUGUAGAUAUUUGGCUUAAAUAUAGUUCCUAAGAAGCUUCUAAUAAAUUAUACAAAUUAAAAGGAUUCUUUUUCUGAUUAAAAGUCCA